AAAAAAAUAAAAAUUUUAGGAACUCCCAAAUGGCCCGUAUUCUGAGAAUCACCCUUAAACGUUAGUUGUGCAUCUCUCAUUGAGUCAGACACCAUGGUCAGCAAGAUGGUUCUCGUUGCCUUCAUGGCCCUUUGUUGCAGCCAGGCUCUUGUGUCUGCGGCCCCGAAGACUACCUCAGACCUCAAAUGGGAUCAGUGCCUCAACAUAUUGCCAGCGCGCGUUGUUGUUGACGCCUACUCUGUGGUUGAUGUCAUCAAGCGCUCCCACCACCGUACAUCGGACGAGGCCACUGUCGCGUGCUUCAAUAAGUACCAGAACGACCCCGAAGCCGAAGCUGAGUGCAAGACGGCCGCCUUUGAGGCGUUAUACAGCAAAAUGAACCAAAAGGCGGGAGACAUUAAAGAGGUCAAGACGACACUCGACAAAAUCAGUAAUGACUGCACCGACAGUUCUUCCCAGAAGGCCGGACAGCUCGCGGACUUGUAUAUCCCCGAUUGGGCGAGUUGCACGAACGCAUUGACACUGAGCCUCAUCCAAAACACAAGGACCACGCUUGACAACGUUCUGAAGACCAUCAACACCGUCAACGCUGACCGUCAAGCCUGCGACGCGAACGCCACCAACGAGGCCGCCCUCGAUGCUUGCAAAAUUCAGGCCCAGAAAGCAAUGUACCUCGGAAUUCGUUAUGCUGAAGUUAAAAAGGUCUGGAAAUCAUUCAACCAAGUUUCUGCAGAUUGCCUUUCUCCAUUGCCGUAAAAACAACGACGCUGACGAGGCCACUCUCGAAGUUUGCAAGAAGGCCACCUUGCACGAGAUGUACCUUGGAAUUUAUGCAGAAAUCUCUGCUUCUCGAGAAAAGAGAUCGAAAGCAUCCAGAAAUUAUAUGACCGAGUUUUAUUAAAAAACACAUUAGUCCA